AUGUUCAUCAGCAAAGAAACGACGGACAAUCAUUUGUCGCAAAAGGAUUUCUUUCGAACGGCACGCAUUUUCUUACGAAUUUUCGGCAUUUGGCCAAUGAAACAAGGUCCUUUACCAAUUUUAUUUUACAUCAAUUUCAUAUCACUUUUUUUUACGGCCAUAUUCGGUGUUGCACAUGGUUUUGCGAAUUUGAACAAUUUGUAUUUGGCAUUGGAAUCAUUUUGUGGCAGUGCUUUUGAGUUGAUUUCAUGGACAAAAUUGGCAGUUGUAUUUUAUUAUCGCAAUGAACUCGGUGUUGUUUUGCGAACACUUCUUGAAUAUUAUACACAAGAUUACAGAAAGGAGGAGAUUGCUAUUUAUCGUCGAGUCAUUCUCUAUACAAUGUUUUCAACCGUGUUACUUGCAUCCGGUGGUCUUACAACGUGUACGCUUUAUGUCUUUACACCGAUUUUCAAGAAUUUAUUUUACUUUUUCACCGGUCAACCGUUGAUAAGAGAGCAGCCUUUUCAAGCGGUUUAUCCAUUUAUAGAUCAAUAUACGGACAAAACAUUUUUACCGUGCUUUUUGCACUUAUCGCAUGGUGGCUACUGUACUGCGAUUGGUUUUAAUGGUGUUGAUAGCAUUUUCAUAACGGCAUGCUUUCAUAUUGCCGCUCAAUUUCAAUUGAAUGCGAUGAAAAUUCGCAAUAUCUUCAAUCAAGUGGCAAGCAAUGGCAUUUUAACAAAAAACCAAAAUCAACAAUUACGAAACAAACUGAUCGAUGCCAUUGCAGAGCAGGUCAAACUCUUUGAGCUAAUCGACCUAUUUAUCAAAGUAUUCACAUCGAUUAUCCUAUUGCAUUUCAUUUCUGUGGCGGUGAUUAUUGGCAUCGGUUCGAUUGAUUUUCUCAUCGCACCUGGAUUGGAUAAAAUCUUAUACGCUGUUUAUAUAUUAACCGUUGCGAUACAGUCGUAUGCUUAUGCUUAUGCAGGAAAUCAAAUCAGUGAACAUGUUGAAUAUUCCAUAAAAGCAAAGAUUUGGGUCAAUAAUAAUAAAUGA